UAUGGUGUUUUACCUUAUAUAGCACCUGAAGUUUUACGUGGAAAAAAUUAUACCGAGGCUUCUGAUAUUUAUAGUUUUGGAAUAAUUAUGUAUGAAAUAAUUUCUGGCUUACGUCCUUAUAAUGACGUAGGCCACGAUGAAAAUUUAACUAUAAGUAUUUGUCAAGGACUUAGACCAACAUUUAAUAUUAAAGUACCUCAAUUAAUUAAGUAUUUAAUUGAUGAAUGUUUAAACGCAAAUCCUUCAGAUCGACCAACAGCAGAAGAAAUUAAAUCAAUUUUAUGUACAUGGUGGGGAGAAAUUGAUGAUAAUAUGAAUAAUCCAAGUAUUCAGAGUGAAUUAAUUAGGCAAAUUAGAGAAGCAGAAAAGAUCAAUAAUGAUAAUUUUAGUAAUUUAUCAACUAGCGGUAGAGCUUCAGAUAGUUGUAUUAACUCGUCAACAUCUCCAAUAUAUAUAUCAAGUAGAACACAUCCUGAAGCCUUUUAUGUAAGUAGGCCAUUAAGUUUCAAGAAUCUUCCUGAACCAAAAAAUUCUGAUAUUUCUUAUAAACGAUAUACCACCAAGGAUAGCAUGGAAUAUUGUCGAAUCAAUGUGGAAAAUAACAAUACAGGUAAUAAUACAUUUUUAUAGUUUUUUCGAUUUAUUUUUUUCGAUUUUAUAUUAUUAUUUU